GGAACACUGGCGAGAAGAUGGGACGCGAAGGCGAGGAUGUGCGCCGGUCGUAUGUCCUUCAGCUGCUCGAGUCGAUGUGGCGCGAUAAAGGUGCUGACGUGAAUCAAAUCCAUGACGACAAAGCCCUCGCGUCGUUUUUGGACGACACAGCCUGCGGUUUGCUCCAAGUACGUCUGGGUGCCGACAAGAAGAUGUCGUUGUCGACGUCUGUUCAAUGGGACGACAAUAAUAACGCAGCGGAGGGUGUGUCCCAGGCUGUUUUGCUCGUCAAAACGCUGCCGCAACCGCUCACUUCAGACAAUCUGUCGACGAACAUUCAGGUGUCGUCGAUGACAAACUCUCCUCUCUACAGCUUGUUUCAGUCCGUGAAUAAAAUCUACGCUCCGCUUCUGCUGAACGGCGGCAGCGGAAGUCUUUCUCAGAAGCUCAAGGACGUUUUGCUCGAGCUCGACGCCGGACUCCAGACUACGGUGCGAGAAAAGGGAGACGAAAAAGGUGGCGACAUCAGCUUGUUUGGUAUUGUGACUAUUCAAGACGAGGUUCAGUUUUGGGAAAACCACAUGACGGGCCGCGAUCGCGAGCGCAGCUCCAAGUUCACGAGCUCGCUCGAUGCGAUUCAGUCGCGAUACGGCACACUGGACGCGUUGUCUUUCGAUGACAUGUCGGAACUCCUGGACGACACCAACAACACGGUGGAUGAUAUUUGGCGCGCCGAUUUGGAAGGCGCUGCGCAGUACCCUCAAAAGCGCAUGGUGCACUUCUUUGGCCUCGUUGACCACGCUCUCAACAGCUUUAUUGUGCUUAAAGCUGGCGCGCUGAACGUGUGGAAAGGUCCGUACCACGCGGUACAAGUUGCCCUGACGCAGUCGAUCUUGCUGUGUGAAAAGUGGAUUGAGCAUAUGGAGCAACUCACAGGGACGUUCUGGCCGUCGUAUGCUGAGCACCCCUGGGAUGGCCGCCCCCACAACGACGUGAUCUUGCCACCGCUCAUGAAGCGCCUGGAAGAAGUGCUUCGCGUGCGCACGACAUUCGAAGAGCUCAUGUCUCUGUGCAACGACAAAGCGCUGAACGCGUCGUGCUUUGAUGUGUUUGACCGCGUCCAGCCGCUCCAGUAUAACCCGUAUACGGUGAAGGCUUGGCAAAGCACAGUCGACGAGUUCGAGGCGCUGUUGGCGCCGAUGGAAGCGCAAGCAGGGACCAACUUGCGCGAGCGCAUGGCGUCUGUCUUGAGCAAGCCCACGACAGCACUGCGGUAUUUGCAGCAAUAUCGUGCGCUGCUCAAACGCCCGGCAAUCAGUCGCGUCUUGUCGGGCGAGCGGGAUACGCUCCUCGCCCAAAUCCUAGCCCAGAUCGACCAGCUCGGCAGCGAUUUUGAGACUCGCGCGAAUGAAGACGCGCCGUGCGGGAAAAAUCUGUCGUCAAAGGUCAACUACAUCGUGUGGGGUACCAUGCUCACGAACCGCAUCACGACCAUCAUGACCCUGGCGACGACCGUCCUUGAAGACUUGCCCGGAUUCCCCGGCUUACGUAAGGCCGGGGACCAAAUGCUCCAGAAGAUUCAUGGCACCAUUACCGAGCACAUUCGGUCGUGGCAAGACGAGGUCGAAGAGAACUUGAGCUCGACGGAGUCAUCGUUGAAACUCAGUGGUCGUCUCAUGGAGAUCGACAAAUCUGGGCUCCUAACAGUCAACUACAGCGAGUUCCUGGUCACGCUCUUGCGUGACGUUCGCCAGCUGACAGAGCUCAACGCAACGGACCCCGGCAGCAAGCACCAUCCGCCGUGGGUGCCACCUCGCGUCCUCCAAGUGGCCCUCGAAGCGGAAAAGUACUACCGAUACGGCGUCACGUUGAAGAAAGUUGCCAAUUUUUACAACAACAUGGAGAGCCAAAUCAUCGACGAACAAAAGCCGAUGCUUCUGGACGCUCUCGUCGCGUUCGAGGACAUCGUGCGCCGCCCGGGGGUCAAGCAAUCCUCGACGUCGACAAAAACGUCAAAACCCAAGCAGGUCGAUGUGACCUGGAACAACCUGGACGAGUGCGAGGAGUAUGUGCGGCAGCUGCAGCAAGCGGCCGACGCGCUCUCGGUGGAGAACCGCAAGCUGCGUCGAGCCCACGACAAGGUGGCUGAGGAGCUCGUCGUCCUCAUGGACGUUGACUUGCUGCGGUACCCAGAGAAGUGGAAAGAUAAAUUCGACUCGAUCAAGGCGUUUGUGACGACGUCCAUUAAAAAGUACGACGCGACGCUCACAAAAAAGUGGCUGCUCUUCUGGGACCACCAGUUGUACAAGGUCCUGGAAGCGGGGUACCAGAUCGGCCUUGAAAGCCUCAACGAGAAUCUGCCGGAAAUCAAAGUCGAGCUCGUGUUUCCGCAACGUGGCCCGCUCGCGUUCAAGCCACCGAUCGAAGAUCUGCGGGCCAACUACUACAAAGCCAUGAAAAAGUUCAUCGGGCGUCCCGCCAUGUUCAAAGGGUUUGCCAACCCGUCCGUGUUUGCUUCAAUGUGCGAUAUGAAUGCCGCCAACAUUGUUCAGGUGUACAAGAACGGGGAGCUGCUCUUCGCCAAGCUGGAGGCCGUGACCAAGGACUACGACGCAUGGACAUAUCUGACGUGCGCGACCGACCUGGACGCGAUGCUCGACAGCAUGCUGACCGACGUCGCGGACUGGGACAUGAACCUGAAGACGCUCAAGGCCAAGCGCAAGGACAGCGACAAAAUUCCAGACUUUGUCAAAGUCGACUGUGUCAGCGUAUCACUUGUCCCGUUCAAGUCGAGCUUGGACGAGUAUUUGAGUCGGCUACAGGACAGCCUCCUGUUGAGUCUUCGAAAGAGCCUGACGGGCCAUCUCAAGCACGUUGAGGAGUUCCUCGACACGUCCAUGGACAAGCUCAACAAGCGGCCGCACAGCAUUGAAGAAAUCGGGCUCGCCAAGAACGAGUGGAAGGUGAUCGAUGGCCAAAAGGGCACGUUCCAGGCGCUGGUGCAAAAGGCGGAGAAGAAAAAGACGCUCCUCCUGAGCUCGGCGGGCGGAAGCAUCGACACGAGCGACGUCGUGUUUCGGCUAUCCCAGAUCCCUUCCAAGUGGGAAAACUUUGACAUUGCGCUGGAAGCGUUCAACGAAAUGAUCGAAGAGCAGCGGGAGAGCCUCAAGGGCGACAUCGAAACCAAGAUCAUCGAGUGCAACCAAGAGAUUGAAAAGUUCUCGCAGCGGUGGAACACUCUCAAACCAACCGAAGUCUCGACGUGGGAUGACAGCUCGGUCAACAAAAUUUACGAUGCCAUCGUCGAGUGGCGCGACCAGUUCAACGACAUUGUCAAUCGAUCCAAGGUGCUUGUCGACAACUGCACGACGUUCCAGAUGCCAUUGCCGCAGUUUGACGGCGUCCCGGCGCUCGAAGCCGACAUCACGCGCGUGGAAGUCAACUGGUCCCUGUAUAAGGAGUACAACGCGGAAAUCGACGCGAUGGCCAAGAACGACUGGAUCACGUUUCGAGAAAAAAUCUUCGACUUGGCGGACGUGGCGGCCAAGUGGGCCGACAAACUCAAAGCGAUGGAGCAUACGGGAGUCGUGGAUCGAAUCUUGGACCACUGCGGACACAUCAAGCGCGCGAUGCCAACGCUGAAGUUGUGUCGGGGGGAUCCAUUCAAGGAAGAGCAUUGGACACAGCUCUUCCACAAACUCGGCCUGGCCAAGGGCGUCUCGCUGGUGCAGUUGACCGUGGGCCAUUUCUUGCAAUGCCUGGACGUGCUGGAAGCCCAAGCUACCCUUCAAUUCGUCAAAGUCCUUCAUGCCCGCGCUCAAGGGGAAGUCACCAUUCGCGAUGCAUUGCAAGAGCUCAGGGCGUGGACUCAAACGGCGGAGCUGUCGCUGCUGCAGCACGAGCAAGACGGCAAAACGUGCUGCAUCAUCAAGGAUUGGAAAGACAUUACGCUCCAACUCGGCGACAACCAGUCGCUGUUGGCUUCGCUCAAGGAAUCGCAGUUCUUCAAGCCAUUUGCCGACCAGGCGAGUCAGUUCGAGACCAAGAUGGCGCUGCUAGACCAGUGCCUCGUUCAGCUCAACAUCAUCCAGCGCAAGUGGGUGUACCUGGAGCCGAUCUUUGGCAAGGGCGCGCUACCGUCGGAAGCGACCCGGUUCAAGCGAGUGGACGACGAGUUUCGCGACAUCAUGGGGUCGGUCGAGACCGACCCGAAGCUAUUCAACUUGGCGGACGACAUGUUGUUCCCGCAGCUGCAGGAUCGCUUGACGACGAUGGUGGACCAACUGGAGCGAUGCCAGAAGGCGCUCGCCGACUUUUUGGAGGAAAAGCGGUCCCGGUUUCCCCGGUUUUACUUUAUCGGGGACGAAGACUUGCUCGAGAUCCUUGGGCAGUCGCAAAACCCGGCGGUCAUUCAAACGCAUUUGAAGAAGCUGUACCAAGGCAUCCACCGCGUCGAAUUCAGUGAAAAGAAGGACCAGAUCGUCGCCAUGUGCAGCAGCGCUCAGGAAAAGGUCCCGCUGAACUCGCCCGUCACCAUCACGAGCGCGGUCGAAGAGUGGCUCGAAGCGCUGACCGCUGAGAUGCGCAAAACGCUCAAGCUGUUGGUCGUGAAAGCAACAAACUCGGCCAGCCCAGACUACGCUGAAUAUCCGUCUCAAGUGCUGUGUCUGGCGGAGCAGAUCCGAUUCAAUUCGCAAUGCGAAGCCGCCAUCAAGAAUGGCACAGUGCCGGAACUCAAGGCGACGCUCCAAGACACGCUUCGCGAGCUGACAUCGUUGGACCUGAGCCAAGAACCGCUCAUGCAUCUCAAGGUGAAAGCGCUCGUGCUCGACCUGGUGCACCACAUCGACGUGUGCGAACAACUCGUCAACACUCGAUCGCUCACGGACUGGCAGUGGCAAAAGCAGCUCCGGUUUUACCUAGACAAGUCGCACCAGUGCGUGAUCAAGAUGAACGACGCCGUGUUCAACUACACGUACGAGUACCAGGGCAAUGCACCGAAGCUCGUCCACACACCGUUGACGGACAAGUGCUACUUAACGCUGACGCAGGGGAUGCACAUGGGCUUUGGUGGAAACCCGUACGGCCCUGCUGGGACGGGCAAAACGGAGAGCGUGAAGGCGCUCGGGGGCCAGUUCGGUCGCCAGGUGCUCGUGUUUAACUGCGAUGAAGGCAUUGACUUCCAAAGCAUGGGGCGCAUUUUCAUCGGGCUCGUCAAGUGCGGUGCGUGGGGGUGCUUCGAUGAGUUUAACCGUCUCAAGGAGGAUCAACUCAGUGCCAUCUCACAGCAAAUCCAGCUCAUUCAAGACGCCAUAAAGAACCACGUGACGUCGAUCACGCUGCUCCAUCGUCACGUCGACGUCGACUUUAAUGCCGGCAUUUUCGUGACACUCAAUCCGGCUGGGAAGGGCUACGGCGGGCGCUCGAAGUUGCCAGACAACUUGAAAGCGCUCUUUCGACCGGUAGCGAUGGGCCGACCGGACAACAACUUGAUUGCUGAAGUCGUGCUGUCGUCGGAAGGGUUCAGUGAGGCCAAGGACAUUGCGUCCAAGGUCGUUUCGUUGUACACACUGAGCCGACAGCUCCUCACGCCACAGCAGCAUUACGAUUGGGGCCUUCGGGCUCUGAAGGCGGUGCUCAGUACCGCGGGGAAGCUGCUGCAGCUCGCCAAGAAGCAAGUGUCAGGUCGCAUGACAGGAGCACAGGAAACGGAGAUCUUGAUCAAGGCCGUGCGCAUCAACACGCUGUCCAAGUUAACGUUUGGCGAUUCGCAACGGUUCCUCGCUCUCAUUGGGGACGUGUUUCCAGGCAUUGAGUCGGCCGACAUUUCUGGGGGCGAUCUCGAAGCGGCCAUUCGCGAUGUCAUGGAGAAGAAGCCGUUUUGCUGCCAAGUGGACGACAUUCAAAUUCGCAAGAUGCUCCAGCUCAAGGAAAGCUUGGACCAGCGCAUGGGAUGCGUCGUCGUGGGUCCGUCGGGAAGCGGAAAGAGCACGGUGUGGCAGGUCCUUCAAAUGGCCAUGGUCCAGUGCGGCCAGUUGGUCAAGACGUACGUGAUGAAUCCCAAGUCGAUGCCUCGCGAGCGCCUCUUGGGCCACAUGGACCUCGACACGCGCGAGUGGCACGAUGGUGUGCUGACAGAUGCGGCGCGAAAGGUAGUUAAGGAGCCUGAAACAACGCGGUCGUGGAUCGUUUGCGACGGCGACGUCGAUCCCGAGUGGAUCGAGUCACUCAACUCUGUCCUUGACGACAACCACUUGCUCACGCUCCCCAACGGCGAACGCAUCAACUUUGGACCGAACGUCAACUUUAUUUUUGAGACGAACGAUCUGCGCUUUGCUUCGCCCGCGACGAUUUCCCGCAUGGGCAUGAUCUUCCUGUCGGACGAAGACAUGGACAUGAAGCGGCUCGUGACCCAGUGGCUGAAAACGCAGCCGGACAGUGCAAACUUGUCCAAGUGGAUCGAUGAACUGUUUGUGCUAGCCAUGGACGAAAUCGCCAAGUUCGACAAAACGGUAGCCACGACCACGGUCGGGACCAUCAUGAACGGACUCUCCCACGUGUCGGGGGCAACGACCCGGUCCGAAUUCGUGGUUGCGCUGAUCCGAGGCCUUGGCGCCAACUUGUCACUGGCCCAUCGCGCCGUGUUUGCCAAGUCUGUCUUUCUCUUUUCCAACGAACGGCCGCCGGACAUAAGCGCUCCACUCGACUGCUUUUGUUCGGGAUCGACCUUUACAGCCUACGAGACGAAGCGCACGACUUACGACGGCAACUCGCCGACCGUAACCGCGACGUCUGUGAUUCAAACGAUCAGCAUGCAACGAGGCCUGCACACGGUGGCGCCGUGGGUGGACAGGAUGUCGCCUUUCAUUUUGGUCGGACCAGAAGGCGCGGGGAAGAACAUGUUAAUUCGCCAAGCGUUCUCGGCAGUCAAGGGCGCCAGCUUUAGCGUGUUGCAUUGCAAUGCUCAAACCACAGCUGACCACGUCAUCGCCAAGAUUGCACAGAGCUGCUCGCUGUUCUCGACCAACAAAGGCCGCGUGUACCGACCACGUGACGGCGACCGACUCGUGCUCUAUCUCAAGGACAUUAACUUGCCCAAGCCGGACCAGUACGACACGUGCAUGCUGAUAGCGUUCUUACAGCAGCUCAUCACGUUCGAGGGCUUCUACGACCCAAACCUUGAAUUCUUGGGCAUCGAGCGGAUUCAGAUUGUCGCGUCGAUGAAUGCUGCGACGACGGUCGGCCGGCACGUCCUGUCCACUCGUUUCACUGCGAUCGUGCGUGUGGCAUACAUGGACUACCCGACGGGCGACGAGUUGACUGCCGUGUACUCGACGUUCCUCGAGGCUGUGAGUGCGCUACAAGAAGCCCCCCAUCGGGAAAAGCUCGCCCGGUCCAUGGUCGAGCUCUACGAAAGCAUUCGAUCCAAGUUUAGUGUGGAUGACCACCGGCACUACCUGUUCACGCCGCGCGACUUGACGCGGUGGACAUUCGGUUUGCUUCGGUACGACUUGUCCGGCGAAGAAGUUCUCGAUGUGCUGGCGUACGAAGCGCGGCGCCUCUUUCGAGAUCGCCUCGUGGACGCCGACUCGAAAGCCAAGUUCGACUCGGCCCUCAACACGAUCUUAAAAACCCAAUGGCGCCACCACGCCAAGCUGCAAGAUGCGUACUUUACGUCACUCGGACAAAAGCGGCCGGACGACGAGCUCGCGCUUGUGCCCUUGCGACGGAUGGCCACGGACGACUUUUCCCAUGUUGUCGCGCAAGGCAUGGUCUUGUACGAGCGGGAAGAAAAGGAGCUCCACAUGCUGUUGUUUGACGAGAUUCUCGACCACGUCGCCAUCGUGGACCGCGUCCUGUCCGAGGCCGGUGGGUCCAUGCUCUUGAUCGGCCAGUCUGGCGUCGGCCGCCGCACUGCCACGACCUUGAUUGCCCACAUGCUGGGCUACAAGCUAUUCACGCCCAACCUGACGCGCAACUACAACUCGGGGGAGUUCAAGGUCGACCUCAAGACGGUGCUCCUCAGUGCCGGCGUCGAAGGUCAGCACACUGUGUUGUACCUGGAAGACCACCACUUCGUCGAGGACGCGAUCCUGGAGCUGACCAACUCGCUCCUGAGUGCCGGCGAAGUCCCUGGUCUGUACACGCACGAAGAGCUUGAGCCGCUCCUUGGUCCGCUCAAGGAGAAAAUGAUGGAGUCCACGAUUGCAUACCGCACGGUGUACGAGUUCUUCGUCGCACGGGUGCAAACUUUCCUCCACAUCGUGCUCGGGAUGGACUCGCGGCAUGGUCAGUUUGUCCGGCGAUGCGAAAGCAACCCGGCGCUGUACACGCGUGCCACGAUCGUGUGGAUGGGAGCGUGGAGCGCUGCGAGUCUCAAGAAGAUUCCCGAGAUGCUCCUUACGUCGUCCGAGCUCCUCCACGACGAAGUACAAAAGGUGCAUUUGCUCAACAUGGUGCACUUGAUCUAUGAAUCCGUUCAAGCCGACGGCGCGACGCCGCGCGAGUUCAUCAGCUUCCUCCAGACGUGGCAAGUGUUGUAUACGGAGAAGUCCAAGCAGCUCGUGACUGAAGUGAAGCACUUGAAGAGUGGGCUGUCCAAGCUCGUCGAGGCCAGCACGACCGUCGACGACUUGAGCCGAUCGGCUGGGAUCAAGAAAAAGGAGCUCAGUGCCGCGCAAGUGAGUGCAGACGAAGCGAUGGACGAAAUUAAGCGCGCAUUGGAUCGUGCGUCGGGGAAUCGCCGCGAAGUCGAAGACCUCAAGAAACAACUUGCCAAAGCAGAGGAAGCGACGAAUGCGCGGAAACGAGAGAUUGAAGACGAGCUGAGCGACAUCACGCCCGUCCUCGAGUCCGCCAAGCAGGCCGUCGGGAACAUUAAGAGCGAUAACAUCAACGAAAUCCGAUCGCUCAAGAUGCCACCGGAGCCAAUUCACGACGUCUUGUCCGCUGUGCUCAUGCUGCUCGGGAUCCAAGACACGUCGUGGAACUCGAUGAAGAAAUUCCUCGGGAAUCGCGGCGUGAAGGAAGACAUUCAGAACUACGACACACGCCGCAUCACGCCCGACAUUUCCAAGGCUGUGACCAAACUUCUCAAGGCAAAAUCCGCGUCGUUCGAGCACGAAAACAUCUACCGUGUCAGUGUCGCGGCGGCCCCGUUGGCGGCGUGGGUGAAAGCCAAUAUGAAGUACAGCAUCGUGAUCGCCAAGAUCGAGCCGCUCGAGGCCGACCUGGCUGAAGCGAAGCGGUCACUGGAAGCGUCCCAAGCGCGUCUGCUCUCGUGCGAAAGCGAGCUCAAGGCAAUCGACGUCAAAGUUGACGAAAUGAAACAUCUCUUUGGGGAAAAGACCAAGGAAGCAGAAAUUCUCCGUGUCGGCCUUGAAAGAGCCGAGUCGACGCUGCAAAAGGCCCAGGGGUUGCUGGGAAAGCUCGGCGGCGAGCAAACGCGGUGGUCCGCGCAGGUCAAGGAGCUCGAAACGCGUGUCGUGGAGCUCCCGAUGAAGCUCUUGAUGGCGUCUGGAUUCACGAUUUUCCUCGGGCAGUGCUCUGAAACCAAGCGGAUGGCCGUGUCCAAGACAUGGGAUGCUGCCAUGGACUCGGCCACAACGUUCGAGUACCGAAAGCUCAUGAGCUCCGAAUCAGAGCUGUUGACGUGGAAGAGCAUGGGUCUUCCCGCCGACAACCUCAGUAUGGAGAACGGCCUGGUUGUGCAUUACACCAACGAUCGCACCCCAUUCAUCAUCGAUCCGGCAAAUGCCGCGACUGGAUGGCUCCAAGCCCACCUCGCCAAGGACACUACGCGACCGCUGUCUGUGGUGCAGUCGCAAGAACCUCGGUUUGUGUCGUUCGUGGAGCAGGCUGUGCGUUUUGGGAAGACCCUUGUCGUGCUCGAAGUUGACUACGUCGAGCCGUACUUGUUUCCAUUGAUCCGCCGGGAUUUGACGCACCAAGGCCCGCGGUUUGUCGUCCACUUGGGCGACAAAGAUAUCGACUACAACGACAACUUUCGCAUGGUGCUCGUGACUCGGAAUCCUGAUCCGGAGCUUCCUCCAGACGCGCGCGCAAUCGUGAACGUGGUGAACUUUACCGUGACGAAGUCGGGGUUGGAAGGGCAGUUGCUCGGAGUGACGAUUCAAAACGAGCAGCCUGAGCUCGAAGCGCAAAAGAGUGAGCUCCUCCGCAGCGAAGAAGAGUUCAAAGUCCAGCUGGCCGCACUGGAGAAGCAGUUGCUGGAGGCGCUGGCGACGUCCGAAGGCGAUAUCCUCGACAACACGACGUUGAUCGAGAGCUUGACGCGAACCAAGGCGACGAGUGCCGACAUCGAGAGCGCUUUGAAAAAGUCGGCGGUCAAGAGCGAAGAGCUCGACGAGCAGCGAGCGAUCUACGCUCCUUUUGCACGGGACGGCGCGCGACUUUUCUUCCUCGUCAAAGCGCUGCACAGCGUCAACCACAUGUAUCGGUUUUCGCUCGCGAGUUUCAUCGCGCUGUUCCGCGCGACGUUGACGGCCAAGAUGGACGUGAGCAACGUGAAAGACCGCAUCAUGCGGCUGUCGCCAAUGCUCGAGACAAAAGUGCUCAUGUUUGUCGGUCGAUCGUUGUUCAAGGAGCACCGCCCCAUGUUCGGUUUGCAUUUGAUUCAUGGCAUGCACCCCGACGCGUUUGAAGACAACGAGUGGGAGUUUUUCGUUGGCGACUUGCUCUCCGACAUCAAGAAAGAGUCUGCCUUGCCAGAUUGGGUCGCGCCCGACCGCCGCGAUAGCUACACCUUGUUUGUCGACACUUUUCCGAAACUCGCGUCGCAGUUGAAGUUUGACUCGUCGGAUGUGUGGUUGCGGUGGUCCAAAGCAAUCGAUUGCGAAGUUGCGUACCACCAAAAGGUUGACAAGGUCCUGAGUGCUUUCCAACGCGUACUCCUCGUGCAAGCGCUGCGCCCUGACCGCCUGCAAAGCGCGAUCCACGCCUUCAUUUGCACCAUCUUGAAAGUCAAGACACUCACGCCUCCGUCGUUGGACCUCAAGGACCUCUGCAUGACGGAAGCGUCGAAUGUGACGCCCGUCCUCCUCAUCACGACGGCUGGCGCCGAUCCGUCCAAAGAACUCGAGGAAGUCGCGACGGAAAUCGUUGGGCGCGAUCACUACUUUGAAGUUGCCAUGGGCGGCGGCCAGCAAGAAAAAGCGCUGGCGCUGCUGCGGUCCACGGCUGACAACGGCGAGUGGCUGUGCCUUCAGAACUUGCAUUUGGUCGUGGCGUGGCUGGUCGUGCUGGAGAAGGAACUGAACGGCCUCACACCGCAUCGCAAGUUCAGGCUAUGGUGCACGACUGAAAGCCACGACGCAUUCCCGCUCAUUCUCCUCGAGCAGAGCCUCAAAGUCACGUUCGAGUCGCCGCCUGGGCUCAAAAAGAACCUUCAGCGCACCUAUGCUACGUUUCAAAUCGAUGGCCCCACGACGCCACAGCGCAUGCAGUUGCUCUUCUUGCUGGCGUUCUUUCACUCGUUGCUUCAGGAACGCCGAACGUACAUGCCGCAGGGGUGGACCAAGUUUUAUGAGUUUAGUUUUGGGGAUUUGCGCGCCGGCUUGAAUGUCAUGGAGAGCUUGAGCCAGGCGAAAGACAUGGACUGGGACACGAUCCAUGGGCUUAUGGAGAACGCCAUCUACGGCGGACGCAUCGACAACCCGUACGACCUGCGCGUUCUUCGGUGUUACCUUCAAAUGUAUUUUGCUCACGAUGUGCUGAACGGUAAAACGUCGCUGUGCAAAGGCGUCAAGAUGCCGUCGACUGACCAGCGAGACGACUUCACCGCUGUCAUUGACCAUCUCCCCGAUCACGACCCUCCGCGCACGUUUGGCUUGCCCGACAACAUCGAGCGGUCCGUCCAGCGCACGGCAUCGUCCGCGGUUAUCGCGCAGCUUCGGACGCUGACGAGCAGCGAGCAGGCCAGCAGCAAGUUCGAUCGAGAAAAGUGGCGUGUGCUCCUUGGUCCGUUGAUUGAAAAUUGGGGCAAACUCACGUCGAGCUUCAACUUGGAUCAUCCCGCGUCGACGUCGGGUGGAAUACCCAAGGACAAGGUGCUGACCCCUGUGGAAGCGUUUGUCGCGAUGGAGAAUGCUGCCGCGACUGACUUGGCGUGGACGGUCAACCAGAGCCUGCAAAGCCUGAAGAAGGUCAUCUACGGUACUGGCCUCCUCACCCCCGCCAUCCAGACCAUCGCAGCGGCACUGCUCGUCGGCCAAGUUCCAUCGGAGUGGAGCAAUCGAUGGGAGGCGAGCGAAGUCGUCCAAGUGUGGUUGCGGUCACUCGCGUUACGGAAACGCGCGCUCAACGAAUGGAAAGAGGACUGCGCGAAAGGCACGUUGCUUAGCCGGCCCCUCGAUCUCUCCGACGUAUUGCAACCAGGGACAUUCUUGAAUGCAUUGCGCCAACAAGCUGCGCGAGCACUCAAGUGCUCGAUGGACGGGAUGAAGCUCAUGUCGUGCUGGGAGAAGGACAAAACGACGUCAGGGACGACAGAGUGGUUUGCCAUCGGCGGCAUGCUGCUGCAAGGCGCGUCCUUUGAAGGUGGCACGUUGCAAGAACCCACAUCCGACGGCCAAGAACUCAUAUCGGUCCCGACGUGCUACGUUGCGUACACGCGAGAAGAAGAACGAGAGCCGUACGCCAAGGACACGUUCAUCAAGGUACCUCUGUACUACUCGACGUCGCGAGAGCGCAUGCUCGUGGAGAUCUCAUUGCCAGUGUCGGGUGACCCGUCCCGCUGGAUCAUCGGCGGGGUCGCCCUGUUCCUCGGAGAGUAGCUGGCCAUGUGGGCUUUCAUGUUCGGUGUCACGUCAACGCGUCAUCAUGUUUCAUGGAAUUGGGGAGGGGGAAGUACUCCUGGGAAAAACCUUGCUGUGUGACAAAGUACACGUACAUCCUUUGAAUGUACGAUCCUUGUUCGAUUAGAACACACAGCUUGAUAGUGAUAUUCAAUGUAUGGAAUGUACAAUAUACAAUGUCGUUUGUACGUUGUAUGUGACACCAUCCUUG